AUGGAGAGCUCAAGAGGGACACACCUCAACAUGGCUGCCGUGGCAUCUCGUGUUGGAGCUGCCCGGUUGCUGCAGGCAGCCUUUGGAUGUACCACGUUCAGCCUUGUGGCCCACCGAGGAGGGUUCAGUGCGGCCUAUGGCACCUUCUGCAUGUCUGUCUGGUGCUUCUGCUUCGCAGUCACCGUCUUUAUCGUCACCUGCGAGUUCACGCGCCUCCACAGCUGCCUGAGCAUCUCUUGGGGGAAUUUCACCGCCGCCUUCGCCAUGCUUGCCACCCUCAUGUCCAUCACAGCUGCUGUGAUCUAUCCGCUUUACGUCGAGUUUGGCUGCCAUUCCAACGGGUGCGAGGCGAGAGACUUCCGCAUCUCGGCCAGUGUUUUCGCAGGGCUUCUGUUUUUCGCCUACGCCGCGGAAGUAUUCCUCACGAGGGCCAAGCCGGGACAGGUGACCAGCUACAUGGCCACCGUUUCUGGCCUCCUGAAAAUUGUCCAGGCUUUCGUAGCUUGCAUCAUAUUUGGAGCUCUGGUGAACGGCAGCCAAUAUGACCGGUACGUGGCAACCCAGUGGUGCGUGGCUGUCUACAGCUUUUGCUUUGUGGUGACAGUGGUGGUAGUGGCCCUCAGUGUCACGGGAAAGACAGCCAUGCUGAAGUGCCCCUUUGAGCGCUUUGUGGUUGUUUAUACCUUUGUGGCUGUCCUGAUGUACUUGAGCGCCGCAGUGAUCUGGCCAGUGUUCUGCUUUGACCGUAAGUACGGCUCCCCACACCGCCCUUACCAGUGCUCCAGAGGCAAGUGCCCCUGGGACAGCCAGGUGGUCAUUGCAGUGUUCACGUGUGUGAACCUGGUGCUUUACAUUGUGGACUUAGCCUACUCACAACGCAUCCGCUUCGUCUCACACCCCUAG